UAUUUUACUUUUGGAACUCACACAGGACCUGAGCUUUUGCAUGACUGUAUUGGAUAUAUUGACAUUAAGUUUUAAAUUUGGAUCUUAUGGCUAACCAAACGGUUGAAAACAAUACAUGUAACACAUGUAUAAAUCCGUUACCGGAAAAUUUCUGGGGUGGGGUGAUAUUAUCAUUUGGUGUCGCCAUUGGAAUCGGGUUGGUGAUUGGAAGUGUAAUAUUGACCCUGCUAACAUGCCUCUCUCGUCGUAGAGCUAGUGCUUCAAUUUCCCCCAGAAUGACCUCUUCUUCAAGUCGUCGCCCUAGGACCUCUUCUCAUAACCAUGCCUUAAACAGGUCUGGGUUUUAUCGUAAUAGCACUUGUGAACGUCGAAGCAACCUCAGCUUGGCCAGUCUGACUUUUCAAAGACAGAACUCUCAAGAGCAAGAUCCAUUUACAAGAAAACCAAGUUUUCGAGCAUCUACGUUUCAUCCAUUCAUGCAAUGUCCUCCACUCUCUGUGGAACCUGACAGCCAACUUGUUACUUUACCGCGUACCAAUAAUGUCUCACCAACCAUAAACAGCCUUAGCCCACCUGACUUUCAUUGGUCAAAUAAUAGCCUCCGUCUUGGUCACUCAACUCCGACCCCGCCCCCUGCUUAUGACAGCAUCAUAAAGGCUUUUCCAGACUCAUGAGUGUUAUCAAAUACUUGUCAUCUAUUAUGACUGAUUUCUUCUGCCCAUUAUAUGUAUUUCUUAGCUUAAUCAAGCUCAAAUAUAACACUACUAUGGGUUUUCUCCUAUGGUGCAAUAUGGCAUUUUUAAAGAAAUAUUAUAUCAACCUCAUAUUGAUGAAUCAUAUCAUGGUUCGUUAAUCAAACAAAUGUUGGCUUCAAGCAUUGUGUUGAACAAGAGACAAACAAAUGAAAGAUGAAAACGUAGUACAUCUAGUAAAUAUCAACAGACAUUACCAUUUUGAGAAACAUCUACUGAAGAGGAUGGUAUUUGACUCCAUGAAGUAUAAUCACAUGCUGCAUAAUGUACUUUUAUACUGUAGUUUGAAAUAUAAAAACAGCAAUUUUGUACAAAUUCAUAUUAUUGUGUUACUUUAAAUUUAUUUUUUAUAAGAGUGUAAAAAUGAUUUGUUAAUAAAUGAUAUUUAGAAUAAUCUUGGUUUAGAACAGAGGUAUCCCCAAAUUGCCAUUUAUUUUGAAAACAAAUUUCUCAUCGUAAUUUUAACAAGCAAAUUAUGUACCAUAUUUUUCAACAUGCUUCAGAUUGACUAAACCAUUUACAAGUAACUAUAUGAUUGCUUAGAGCAAAGGGCGAACUCAUUAAGAGCUAACUCGCACCCACAAUUAAGAGAUAUAAGAAAAACAUACAUCUAUGGUUUCACGUAGAUUUCCAAAUCAUUAAUAAAUUUGCAGUUUGAAAUUAUUUUUUAACUAUGUGUUUCAUAAUUCAGUACUUUAUUGCUGACAUAUUGUGACAUUAUAUUAGACAUUUCUUCAUCUUUUUGAAAUGCAGCUCUAUAUAUACUGUGCAUUAAAAAAAAUAAUUGUGUAUUA